UUCAGAAUCCCCGUUCACCUGGCGCACAGCAUCCAACACCACUGGAAUUCCUCACCGCCGCCGCCGCCGCCGCCACCGCUGUCCCGCCGUCGCGGCAUCAUGCUCCACCUCCGGCAGCGCGUCCUCUCCCAUCUCCUCUUCGCCGCGCCCUCUCCUUCCGCCUCACCACUCCUCUCUCUCCACCGCCUCCUCUCCGCCGCCGCUGCCCCCCGCAUUUCUCCAAACCCUAGCUUCGCCGUCGACGACUACCUCGUCGAGACCUGCGGCCUCACCCGUGCCCAGGCACUCAAGGCCUCCGCCAAGCUNUCCCACCUCAAGUCCCCCGCCAACCCCGACGCUGUCCUCGUCUUCCUCGCCGGCCUCGGCCUCUCCGGCGCUGAUGUCGCGGCUGUCGUCGCCAGGGACCCGCAGAUCCUCUGCGCCGGCGUGGAGACAACUCUGUCCCCCAUCGUCGACGGGCUCACCGGCCUCGGCCUGUCAAAUGCUGAGACUGCGUGCCUCGUCUCGAUCGCCCCCGACAGCUUGCGCCGCAGAUCCGUCGUCUCCAAGGUAGAGUACUACCUGCCACUCUUCGGCUCCAUCGACAACUUGCUCCGGCUGCUCAAACAUGGCCACUUCUUCCUCGGCUCUAACCUCGAGAAGGUGGUCAAGCCAAAUGUCAAGCUCGUAGCAGAGUGCGGGCUAGGUGCUUGUGAUAUUGCCAAGCUCUUCAUCUGUGUGCCGAGGAUGCUUAGCGCCAAACCAGGGCGUGUCCUGGAGAUGGUUGCGUGCGCCGAAGGUAUAGGUGUGCCCCGUGGCUCUGGAAUGUUCAGGCAAGCGCUGCACGCCGUCUCAUGCUUCAGCGAGGACAAGAUCGCUGCCAAAGUGGACUACUUGAAGAGGACACUUAGGUGGUCAGAUACCGAGGUUGGCAUUGCUGUGUCCAAGGCUCCGCUUUUGCUGAGGAGGUCAAAUGACAUGCUGCAGCGCGUCUCAGAGUUCCUUAUCUCUGAGGUGGGGUUGGAACCGACAUACAUUGCUCAUCGGCCGACUAUUCUCAGUCGUAGCCUUGAGGGGCGGCUCAGGCCACGGUACUAUGUUAUGAGGUUUCUUAAAGAAAAUGGAUUGCUCAAGCGCAACCAAAGCUACUGUACAAUUGUUAAAUGGACCGAGAAAGAGUUCUUGGAGAACUUCGUAUGCCCUCACAAGGAAGCUGCACCAUACCUCGCUGAAGACUAUGCGGCUGCUUGCAAAGGUGAAGUGCCGGCUAGAUUCAGAUAAUCAGAUUUACAUGAACCAAGAAGCAGGAACGCGAGUGUCGACUGGGAAGAUUUUCAUGGAAAGGUUUGUAUGCCCAUACAAGCAAGCUGCCCCUGCCUUGCGCAAGACUAUGCUGCCACUUGUAGGGGAAGUGCCUUCUAAUUUCAGAUUUACAUGACCAAUAACGGGCUAUGGGAUUUGGUAACUGCGUAUGUCUACGUGUAGUGAGCUGGUAAUUUUUGUCUCAGUGUUCUUUGCCUAACUAGAUGUUGGUUAUCUGCUAUAGUAUAUCUGGUACAUGUUAAUUCGGUGUCGCCAAUCCUAGAUGAAACUGAUAAUUUGAUUUUAGAGUA